CUUUCCUGGCACUGGGUGUAUUCAGCCCAGGGGCGGACUGAUCAUUUGGAAACCCGGGCACUGCCCGAGGGCCCGGGGUCAGUAGGGGGCCCCAUGAGAUGCCCCUGGUACCUUUUUCAUAGGCUUUUUUGAGUUUGGGCAAGGACACAGGGGCCUCAUGAUCCCCUAUUGCCCGGGGGCCCCAUGAGUUGUCAGUCCACCCCUGAUUCAGCCUUUGCCCAUAAGUGAUGCCUACCAAUGCCCACCAGUGAUGCCUUUCAAUGCCCAUUAGUGCCGCCUAUCAGUGCCCAU